GGCCUGGUUUGUGUUGGGCUUUUAUGACUCAUCAUUGAAGGCCUGAUUCAUACUUGCUCAUUUUUACCAACUUCGAUAGGUAGAUAGAUAGAUAGAUAUAGAGAGAUAGGUCCUCUGCGCCAGCGCUGAAGUCCUCACUCAUUCUAUCGUCCGUAUCGUCGAGCUUGGGGCCCAGAUAAGAGCUCAGAGAAAAACUGAGGCCAAACGAGAGUGGGAUUGGUGGGUCUGAAGCGUCUGAAGCAUGGAUUCCUUAUUCAAGAAGAAGCCCACCCUGAAAGAGCAAACCCGGGACAACGAGCGGGCUUUGCGACGCGUGGACCGGGAUGUUGGCCGGGAUCGAGCCCAAUUGGAGCGCGAGGAGAAGAAACUCGAGAUGGACAUCAAAAAGGCCGCCAAGGCCGGACAAAAGGACGUGUGCACCAUCUUGGCCAAACAACUCAUUCAAAUCCGAAAACAGAAACAAAGGACCUUCGUCGCGUCUAGUCAGAUUAAAGCUGCGGGAUUUCAAGCCAAAGCCAUGGGGGCCAAUGUCAAGAUAGCCGAGGCCAUGGGCGAGACUUCCAAGACGAUGGGCAACAUGAACAAGAUCAUGGAUCCGGUGAAAAUGAACAAGGACAUGCAAGCCUUUGCCAUGGCUAACGAACGCAUGAACAUGACGGAAGAGACCAUGAAUGAUGCCUUGGACGACAUAUUGGCCGAUUCAGAUGAUGAAGCUGAGCAAGAUUUGGUGGUGAACCAAGUUUUGGACGAGAUCGGCAUCGAGAUCUCGGGCAAGAUGAUGAAAGCUCCCUCGGUCCAUGCCGGGACCAUUGGCGAAAGUACGACCAAAAAGAAAGAAGAUCAAGACAUUGAGGCCAUGUUGGCCCAACUCAAGGGAUAAAUGUGAUAUGAAUGACUGUAUGACUGGACGUCUUGGCUGCCGGAUUCCGGAAGGCAGACAGACGUGACUGGAAAAAUGGUCUAGAUAUUCCUGCUAUUCUUAAGGAUGAACUUACGUGUUUAUAGCCAAACGAAGAGAAAAA